ACAUUGCAUAUGUAUGACAGGGAACUGCGCUGUGCUUCUGCAAGGCCAAGACAUGUGAUGUGUUUGUGGACUGCGACCUGCUCCAGAAUGUCCAGGACUUCUCCCUUGUGAUGCGAUAGAAUUCCCAGAGCCCCUCUGCCAAUCGCAGCGCUGCGGGCCAGGAAACGAGGACCGCUAGGUACUGGGAACUCAUUUCAACAUUGCUACCACAAGGGGCUGCAAAAGCGGACGAGUUCAGCUCGGUGAGAAACAGCACCUCCAUGCCUCAGGAUGAGGAGGGCCCAGAGAUGGCCUGUCUCUCAAAUGGCCCACCAGAAACUGAAUUAGGAACGGGAGACCUAGCAGAUCUCUGUAAGGCCUUGGAGAAGCUCCAUGAGCUCCCUGCAGGGGAGAAGGGUGAGAAGGCUUUUCUACGCUCCCGCCUCCAUGAGCAGUCUCAGCUCAUCUGCAUACUAAAGAAACGAGGUGAUGAAGCCCAAAUGCGUUGCAAGGCACUGGAACAGCUCAAUGCGGAGCUGGAGGAGCUGAGGAUGAAGGAUGCUGCAAACCUGAAAAGCCAGACCCAGCGGGCUCAACAGCUGGAGGAGCGCUUUAUGGACCUGGCUGCCAACCAUGAGGACAUGAUCUACUUUAAGGAUGAGCACAAGCGUCAGAACAUGCAGCUGAGGGAGGAAAAUAAGCGUCUCAGAGAGGAGAACCAGAGUCUCUUCAGCCAGGCCCUUAGGGAGAAGGAGGCCGAGAUACUUCAGCUAGCUUCCCAGGAGAAGAUGGUCUCUCGAGAACUGGGUGCCUUAAAGGAGACCUGGGCUCAAGAGAGAGACAAAGCUCAGGAGCGAGAGAAGGAGCUGCUGGAAGCUCAGAGCCAGCAAGCCAGUGAUCAUGCCAGGGAAGUUCAUUCACUGAGAAGCCAGGUACAAACCCUGCAGAAGUACCAGCAAGUGAUUGCACAGCUGGAGCAGGCAGAAAAGCAGCAAAGAGUUGAGGGUAAUGAGUUGCAGGCCAAGCUGGACAGGGUGAGCCGGGAGAAGGAGGAGCUCUUGCAUUUGGCCAUGGACAGGGGCAAAAUGCUGCAGGAGAAGCAACGGGAGGUCCAGCAGCUGGAGAAGAAGUUGGAGGCUACAGAGAAGGCUAAGCAAAUUGCAGAUGAGCGCUUUGAGAGGCAAGCAGCAGUAGUGGAUAGCGGGCUGAGGGUCCAGGAGCUGCAGCGGCGGCUGGAGGGAAGUGAGCAGGCAUAUAAUGAGCUGCGGAAGCAGUUUGAAGCUUACAAGAAACACAGCAUGGACUUGCUCACUAAAGAAAAAAAGCUGAAUACCAAACUCCGCCACUUCGCUGCAUGAUCCUCACACCUCCUUUCCUCUCCCAGUUCUCAGCAGAAAUAUCUACUGCUCCAGCUUUUUUUUUUUGUGAUCUUACCUG